AUGACCAACUCCACCACUCUGUUUACGGUCACAUCCCAGUCGCACCUCAUUUUCUUUUUUUUUUCUUACUUGUACAAUUUGUUUUCUUCUUUAAUUUGUCUUUCCUAUAUUCUCUCCCUUCUCUCUUGUCUUUCGUGUCCAUCUUGUCUAUCUUACCUUUCUUCUAUAUUGUCCUUUCGGCUGCUGUUCUACACGUUCUCCACGCGACAAGGCGGUCACCCCCCCCCCCCCCCCCAAACCAGACGCCAUCGCGCGUGUCGAUCGGCCUAG